UGUUGUUUUAGUCGAGUCUUCCUGCAUAAAGGUUCCUACAUGUGAUCAGUGUUCACUGAGACACACACCGAGCUCGUAGUGGACUAAAGGACCAUGUCUCCUCACGUGUCCUCACCUCGAUUAAUGCCAACAUGGAGCCCCUCUUUUUGGGUCACCUGCAUGUUUUUGAUGUUUGGUCGGCUGCAGGCACUCUUUCCGAGCGAAGGCACUCCUCUCAGACACUCGGAAGAACAGCACGGUCCGGGCGACACCCCCAUUUUCCCAGGAGUCCCAAGCACACCAUUAACCACAACAAGCAUCAGCACUGAAGAGAAAGCAAUGUCAAGCACAUGUGAUAUAUAUUGCUCCUUGUGUGAUGAGACUCCAUUUUCAAGAGUUGAGUGCUACUCUGAAUUCCUAGCAUACUGCCAAAAAACAUUUCAGAGUGAGAUGGAGAGUAUCAACGCCACCGACUGGUGCAUGUGGGACAAUGUGAAAAGUCCUUAUAACAAGUUCACCGUGUGUUCAGAGGACAUCGCGGAGUGCCUGGCGCUCCCGUGGCCUAACAGGCUGGUGGAGGACAUGUUUGUGGAAAUCCACGCCUCCUUUUUCCAGGAUUGUCCGACUGAGACGCUCCGGGAUCCGCCGCCUAACGUCAUAUUCGCCCUCGUCAUGACCCCUAUAUGUCUUAUCCCGGCCAUGGUGGUGCUUGUCGUUCUAAAGACCAAGAACGGAGACAGGAGGUCAUAAAGAUUGCCUCCGUUACACGGAUUAGCUCCAUCUGCCCUUUUCCUGGGAAAAAAAACCUGGCACUCGUGUCCUCUGCUUUGAGACAUGCAGAACUUUCUGACCAAAAACCUGACAGUAGUCCUGUUUCUAUUUAAAUGUUAUGUGAAUUCUGAAAUAAUUCGAACUGAAAUACGACAUAAACAGUAGCCAGGAAUCCACAAAAGUGUAAGAACUCUUUAUCUUGGUUUGAAAGCUUUGUCUUUAAUUAAUAUUCUGAUUAACAAUUAGUACAAUCACAGAAAUUAUGUUGACAAGACGGCUUAUACAGAUGCUUUUAUAUAAAUCCUAGGAAUUCCAUCAACUCAACUGGGAUGAAAUUGGGAAUGUAAUGGGGUAAAUAAAUGAAAUUAAGUCAAGAUAAAUUCAUGAGCUAGCUCACCAACUGUGAGCUUCCAUCAAGUAGAAACUCCAGGAUGCAAAAAUGAGCUAACAUGACAUAAUGCAAGGUAUUCUGAGCUAGUUAGCUAACAAACUAACAAAUUAAUUUUACACAAACAUACAGAAAUAAGUCUAUAACAAUAUAUAGUCCUGAGCACGUUUCUAAGUAGCACAUUAUGUUCACCAAAAAAGGCAACAAAUCAUUGGCAAAUCAUUGUUUUCUCUCCUCACAUCGUAAGUUAAAUAAUAUUUGAGUCUGACUAGCACUUGUAUUUUCUCUCAAUGUGUGUAACUGCAAGGUGAAGUAACGCACAUAUUGUGCAUAGAGUUCUAAAACGGAUUCACGUUUUUCUAUUUCAUCCGUGUUUCCACAUACAUUCGUUUCUUGAUUUCCGAAAAGAUCGUCUGUCAAUCAUCCGUCGAUCGGCUGUUGUUUAUAAAACGUCUGUUUUCAAGUUGUCCGUUUCGCAAAACAAUCAGUAGGAACCAUAAUUUAUUUGAUAUCUCGUCUUGUCUGCUAGACAAGGUACAAAUAAUAAACAAUUAGCCGGAACAUGAAAUCUGCUUGAAAAAUUCUGAUUUAUCAACUGCUAUAUAAAAAACUUACAAAUAAUUGUAGAAUUAAACAAUAAUUUGCUAAUAAUUUAACAAUUCUAGAAAUUUCUCCAAAAUUUUCUCAAAUUAUUUUUUGGAAUUUUUUCAGUAAUUUCUUUUUUUGUUUUGCACGGCAUCUAGAUGGAAACAGAACUACUGCACCGGUGAUAUUAAGAUCCCACACUUACCAUCACAUCAGGAUCAGCAGCAUUUUAGUUUGAAUUCAUUUUCAUUUACAAUAUUUAAUCCUUAUAAAAAAGAUGACGGUUAAGAGAAUUCGUUCGAAUUGACGUUAAAAACUCAUCCAGACGCUUUUGAAAUUAGUUUGAUCGUCUGCUCUCGUGCUUCUGACCUCAUUUGUUUCAUACACCAAUUUACUCAUUUAUAAUCUCAAAACCUGAUGCAGAUAUUAACGUUAAGAUUAACAUUAACAUGUGUUAACACUGAGUGCUGGUCCAACUCUCUUAUUAACACCUUCAUAAGCCACUGAAGCCUUACUCCAUGUACUGUAAGACUGUUUUGAUUUUAAUAGUUAGUGUUUUUAUAAAUAUACUGUAUGUGUGUCAGUCUUAUCAAGUGACAAAGGCCAAUUUGCUGGCUAGGGUUUGAUUAUGAUUAUGCUAAAAUCUCAAUGUGUAUUUUUAUGAUAUUAUGACCCAAGUCAUUAGCGGUGACUGUCGGUUUUUGUAACAGGACGACUAAGAGAGAAUUUUCACCCAUUAUUUUUCUUUUAAUAUUUAGCCCAGAAUAAUUGUCUGUCACUGAUACAAGACACAGAGUGGAACUUUUUCAGAUAAAUUCCAAGAACAUUUGGUGAUUUUUUUUUGGUCAAAAUGCUUCUUUACUAAUAUAUGUAUUCUGUUCAAACUCUGGCAUCUAACAACUUAAAAACAAAGAUUUUUGUCUUCUUGAGAUAUAUAU